AUGUUCAUCAGGUGCAACGACAUGGGCAUCUCUACACCCCAAAGUGAAAGACGAGUCGGUCGAUACAGAUCAUUCAAAGUGAAGGGAAGUGGCAAGGAACAGUCGAUGAGGAAAUUGUCCACAGAACAAUAUUACGAUGUUGGAAUUCUCGGGUGUGGAGUCGGGGGACACGCCGCAGCAAUUAACGCCAUGGAAAGAGGAUUAAAAGUUAUUAUUUUCACAGGAGACCAGGAUAGCAUUGGAGGGACGUGUGUGAAUGUUGGGUGCAUCCCAAGCAAGUCACUGCUAUACGCCACGGGUAAGUACCGAGAAUUAAAGAAUUUCGCAAAGUUGUAUACAUAUGGUAUUUACACGGAUGCAUUCAACAAAAAUGAAAAAACAAAUCCAGUAGAGAGAAACCAGUUGUUAGCUGAAACUAUUCAUAUGGACAUAGGAAAGUUAAAGCAGUAUACACAAAAUGUUAUUAACAAAUUGAAGGGAGGAAUUGAAAAUGGAUUAAAAAAUUAUAAAUUUUACAAAAAUUCUGAACAUGUACAGGUAAUUUCCGCACAUGUGCAGGUAAUGCAUGAACAUGUGCACGUAAUUCAUGAACAUGGUCAUAUAAUAAACAAAAAUAUUAUUAAAAGCCAAAAGAGCGGAAAGGAAUACAAAGUGAAAAAUAUAAUCAUCGCAACAGGGUCUACUCCAAACAUUCCAGACAAUAUAGAAGUGGAUGAAAAAACUGUUUUCACUAGUGACCAAGCAGUGAACUUAGAAGGACUACAAAAAUAUAUGGCCAUAAUUGGCAUGGGCAUAAUAGGUAUUGAAUUCACCGAUAUAUACACAGCCUUGGGGUCAGAAGUUGUCUCCUUUGAUUAUUCUCCUCAGCUGUUACCAUUGCUUGAUGCAGACGUGGCAAAUUAUUUCGAACGCGUCUUUAUUAAGUCCAAGCCGAUGCGUGUUCACCUGAAUACGUGCAUUAAGUAUGUGAGGGCGGCCAGGGGUGGCCAGCCGGUCAUCAUCGGGCACAGUGAAAGAAACGACAACAAGGAGGAAGAAGCAGCAGCUACCCCAGGUUACGAAAAUAAUCACAUUAGGGAAACACGUGUGGACAGCUGUUUAGUGGCUACCGGGAGAAAACCCAACACGAAGAACAUGGGACUUGAACAGUUACAAAUACAAACGAAUAAAGGAUACGUCUUGGUGGAUGAACACUUGAGGGUGCAGAGGGCGGAUCGUCAGGGGGUAUACGAUAAUAUAUUUUGCAUAGGAGAUGCCAAUGGGUUGCAGAUGUUAGCACACACGGCGUCGCACCAAGCAUUGAAGGUGGUCGAUUGGAUAACCACCAAGGGGGGGGUAGAAGAAGACCAGCAGCAAAGAGACAACGCUGACCACUCGAAUGAUUGCCAUACCAACUGGGCUCGUAAACCAAUCACAUACAAAAACAUCCCAUGGGUGUGUUACACUACCCCUGAAGUAGCAUCCGUGGGACUAACAGAAAAGGAAGCCAAGAAGAUAUACCCCCCGGAGAACGUCGGCACAGAAAUUUCUUUUUACAAAGCAAACUCUAAAGUCCUGUGUGAAAAUAACGAGGUGAGCUUUCCGGAGCUCUUAAAAAAUAAUUCUUAUAACAAGGGAAAGUACAACCAUGUAGACAAUACGAGUGGGAUGGUAAAAAUUGUUUUCCUGAAGGACACGAAAGAAAUUUUGGGUUUGUUCAUUGUGGGUAGUUAUGCUUCCAUUUUGAUUCACGAAGGGGUACUGGCUUUGAACCUACGGCUGUCCGUGAUUGACUUGGCGCACAUGGUGCACUCACACCCCACCAUCAGCGAGGUCCUCGACACGGCCUUCAAGGCCAUCGCGCGGGUGCGCACGCACUGA